AUGGAGGUGGCCGCCGAAGAUCGUUUCAGCCUCCUCCCUGACUGCUUGCUGGGCAACAUCGUCUCCCUCCUCCCAAUCAAGGAGGCAGCCCGCACCAUGCAACUCUCCCGCCGUUGGCAACUCAUCUGGCCGUCAAUGCCGCUCGACCUCGACCUCUACGCCCGCGACUCAAUUAUCCCCUCAGACGGCCGGUCCAUCUCAGAACUGCGAGCCCUUAGUCGGCACGGCUGGAGAGAACAAGUCGUGAUCUCCCAGAUCUCCGAGACAUCGCUGCACCGUCUGAUAGCUGCUUGUCCGGCCCUGCGGCUGCUACGCCUCUUGGGAGUCCAUGACCUCCACCGCCUUGUCCCCCGCUCACGUACGCUAGCUGCCCUGCAGCUCGUGAACCUACGCGUCCCACUCCAAGAGAUCUCCUUCAGGGACAUGCCCAAUGUUGACAACAUUGCGCUCGGGAACGUCAAUCUGUGGCGGCUGUAUCCCAACAUCGUCUCCGAAGCUACGCUGCCCUCUAAGCUCGCGACGUUUCACCUCACGCUUCCGAUGCUGGACUCGCCCUGCUUCACCGUCAUGCCUAGGAGCUCCGUACCCAUAGUAACCGUCCUCGUCCUCAACAUGAAGUUCAGCCAUGGAGACGAAAUGAGCAAGGCUGCCGGCAUGCUAAGCUUAUUCCCAUCUUUGCAGCACCUUCGGAUUUGGUGCCUCAACUUUGGUUCCAAGGACAACCCGGGUGCGUUUGCUGGACCGUGCUGGCAACCGGCGGCACAUCAAGCUAAUACAAUCAUCUGCCUACGUGAGCAUCUCAAACAUGUGAAAUUGCUAGGGUACUGCGGCACUAGAGGGGAGCAGCAAUUUGCAAAGUUUCUUAUGGCUGGAGCCAAAGUUCUUACGGACAUGCAAAUUGUUCAUGCUACUAACUGGAGCUAUCAGAGUAUCAACGAUCAGAGAGACUUGAUAUGUUCAGGCGGUAAAGCCUCGUCCAAAGCUCAAGUCAAUUUUAAGAAGAACAACAGCAUAGAAAUCACCCGAAGAGAAGUUCACAAUACCGUGCGACAAGUUCGUUUUAUCUGA